GAGUACUCUGCGCUUUGAAGAUGUGACAGUGACAUGUCUUGAUCGCUUCUGAUACUUGACUCCGGUCGUUCGAUAUCAAAGUCUAUGCAUCCCUCGACCGAUCCGGUGUCCUGAAAACACUUCAAACCAUAAUCCCAUACAUCUAAGUAUAUACUUGCGUUACUGCUUCGAAGAACGGCAACAUUUGUAUGCAUCUCGGCGAUUUUUUGCGGUCGUUCCGACCAAUUCUCCCAAAUUACGGCAGAGGAGUCAUCAAGUGCUCGUGUUCUCGACGCUGUGAUAGCCAAACAAGACCAUCACGUGAUCGAACGAAACUCAGCAUCCAGCUACUGUUCCAAGUACGACAAUGAAUCUUAGUGAGUAUUGAGUCAAAGUGGACCAUCUGAAGGUCACUCCUUCGAUCAUGGCAGCGCGUAUUCGUGCUGGGUUCUGCCUUCCUGCAAACGUGAACAUUUGCGAGCAUAAUCCCCCACGUAGUCGGAAGGGCAUUGAAGCAGGCAGGACGAUAAAAUAUGCACAGAUGAGGAGGAUGACGAAUGCACGCCCGAGAUUCUUGCUGGACUUUUGACCUCAUGAUUACAGUCAAGUCAAAAUAUAGGGCUCGGAACAAGAAGCAAACGGAUGAUCCCUUCACGUUCCACCGCCCUUGCCCUUUCCCCCGCCCCUGCCCCGGGAAGUCGACAUCGUUCGUGGGGUACCGCAGUCUGUCCCAGCCGCCAUGGACCGAGUUCCGCAGUUCAGUUCAGGUCAUCGUUUCCUGCUGGAAGCUGAAAGCAUCUCGGCCGCUUCGAGUAAACGAUGAAGCGCCCCGAGCUUCGUGCACGGCUCAUUGAGGUUUUCAAGGAUCCCACAGCCCAGCGAGAUUGGAUAGCGGAUCGCAUCCUUCCUUCUGUUACAAGCUGACACUAAUGUCUGAAUGCAUCACUCUGCAAACUGAAGGAGCGAUUAGUCCGACGUUCUGCUGAGUGCAAGUGAAGAAGGAAGAGCUUCCCAGGCUGCAAUAUUUUGAGGAGCAGUCUCAUCGCUAUGGACAGGGAUUCGGAUGAGGAGUGUACGAGCGAUGCCGACGAGGAGGUAAUCGUAUCCCCCGUUGCUGGAGAGACCCUGGAAUCCUUCUCCACCUAUGAAAUGAGCCGGUCCAAGUUCAAGUCUACGGUGGUGGUGCGCAAGUUUGAAUCGAAAGGGCUGUCCUUCCAGCUCUGGCCCGCUGCAAAUGCUGUAUGCUGGUUUCUUGAGAAUGAGUUCGGAGAGUCUGGAAUGUGCCUUCCUGUUACUGAAACAGGAUCGUCUUCCCCUGCUUCAGUCGUGCACGAAGAGCAAUCGUCAGACCAGCGUCCGUCGAGGGAUUCGACCCAUCCGCUUGGAGCACCAGAGGAGAGCUCGAGCAAAUCCUGUUCAGGAAAUUACCACCGCCCAUCAGAGAACAGAAGGAUGAAAGUGCUCGAACUCGGAUCGGGAACGGGGUUGGUGGGGAUUGUGGCAGCGUGCUUAGGAGCUCAUGUGGUUCUGACUGACUUGCCUCACGUAAUUCCCAACGCUGUGCAUAAUAUAGAGCGGAACCGAAGUUGCUAUUUAGCUGCUGGAGGACUUAUGGAGCAUCAAGUUCUUAGAUGGGGUGUGGAGGAAGAUGUGAAACAACUCGGCGACCUCUCUUCUUUCGAUCUCAUUGUAGCCUCGGAUGUGGUUUACUAUGACACUCUGUUCAAACCUCUUCUUCAAACCCUGAAGUGGCUCGUGGGAGCAUCUGCAGAUGGGGCCAUUUUUCCUGACAAACGUAAGAAUGAGCAGCAGAGCAAGUGCGUGGAGCACGGGGAAAAGGGUGUUUCACAGGUUCGUGUGUCAGAUCCACCCACAUCUGCUACUACCACGCCUUUUGUCCGCGGGCCUGAGAAACACGAAAUUGACCCUGCUGCGGCUCAUAAGUGGGCCUCUUUUUCUGCAAGGGCUGAGAAAAGGAGUAACGAAACUAAUCAUGUUAGCAAGAAGAAGAUGCAGACUCCUGUGAUCUACCUCGGACACUUGAGAAGAUGGAAAAAAGAUGCGCAGUUCUUCAAGCAGGCUUCCAAGGUCUUCGACGUGCAAGUGGCUCAUCGGCACCCUCCGCAGGAUAAUGCUCGAGUCGGUCCCAUCAUAUAUCGAUUGCAAGUAAAACCAAAUUUCUUCAUAGACUCUGGUAUUCCUUGAGUGGCCAAUACCCCUGUUUCGUUCAUUCUCUCCAAAAUGCUCUCUUCUCGGAAGUACAGAUUUGUGACAAGCCUCUCCCAGUUUUCAUCACGAGGAUGAUUAUGGGUUUCUACUUUUUGCCGCAUUCUGGGAUAUGCUGAGUUACCACCAUCAGAUAGUUGAGGAGAGGUUGUGUUACAAGCCCAAACCUCCGUAUAGUAACGAGGUGUCAGCGCAGUGAAUGUUUCGGUCUCAAAAUCCCAGGCCUGCUAGACGUCAGACAGAGUCGGAAGUUGAGAUGGGCACAACUCAUCUGCCCUGUGCCUGCUGCCACGAACGACGACAAGAUCGGUUUGAUUGUAUCGCUAGUCAAGGCACUUCAUUUGGUGGACUGGUUCGAACUAGUUCUGAUUAGAACCGGUUGUUGUGGAAUCGUAACCAGGUUUGAUCCCGGGUUGAUUUGAACGGUGUUGUCUUCUUUCGCUGUAUUUCAGUCUAGGAAUGCUUCGAUGGUCGAACGGCAUGACAUUAUGCAUUUUCCCUCGUCCCUGCCAACAAUUCUAAGGGGUGCAACCCGAAGUUGAAGGAUGUCUUCUCCCCUUUUCUCUGAGAUUCUGAGGAGUUGGUGCUGUCGAGGUACUUAACUGGAUCAAUGUCUCGCUUUAAAGCUCGUGUCCUGGAAUUCUCUCUACGUCUGCCAUCGUAGAGCCUCUCUCUGAGGGUUUAGCACACCCCGACCGGUUUUAGAACUUUUUGCCUCUAAUUGACAGCUUGAGUUUUCUUGACAUCUUGAGCUGAAUGUGCAAUUGUCCUUGAGAAACUCAAUUGAGAAGGUGCAAAGGAGGUCCAAAACGCCCCGGGAGUCCAUGCCAGAACCAGAUCAAAUCCGGCUGACACCCACAAUGUCGAGUAGAGUGUCUACCCUGUAUAAACACAGGAACUCUUUUCGUCGAUUGAUUGAAUAUAUUGUACUGACCCAAAGCGAAGAGCAGACCGGUUUUUGGUUUAUGAAGUGGAGGUUUAAUAGAAAAUAGUGUCGUUGUCUAACAUGAUGGAAUAUGGAAACUUGAGGAUUGGAUCACGA